UUUGCUGUUAAACAGGAGGAACCUCGGCUAGAUGUGCUGAUCAACAAUGCCGGUAUCUACCAGUGUCCUUACACCAGGACAGAGGAUGGCUUUGAGAUGCAGUUUGGAGUCAACCAUCUGGGACAUUUCCUGCUCACCCAUUUGUUGCUGGACCUUCUGAAACGAUCAGCUCCUAGCCGCAUAGUGGUGGUCUCUUCCAAGCUCUAUAAACACGGUUACAUAAACUUCGAGGACCUAAGCAGCGAGAAGUCGUAUGACAAAGCUUUUGCCUACAGUCGCAGCAAACUAGCCAACCUGUUGUUCACCUGUGAGCUUGCCCGUCGCCUGGAGGGCAGCGGAGUGACAGCGAACGCUGUGACUCCGGGCAUAGUGAGGACUAACCUGGGGAGGCACGUCCACAUCGCUGUGUUUGUUAGGCCGCUUUUUGACCUGCUGUCCCGAAGCUUGUUUAGGAGCCCCGAAGAAGGAGCGCAGACAUCCGUCUAUGUAGCUUCUAGCCCGGAUGUUGACAAUGUGCAAGGAAAGUGCUUUGCGGAUUGUCAGCCUCAGGUUCUUUUGGACAAAGCCACGGAUCAGGAACUGGCCGCUAAAUUGUGGGACAUUAGUGAAGUCAUGGUGGGGAUAAUCACAUGAGAUCAGUGUGAAUUUUGAGACUUAAAAAUCAAUUAUUUAAUAACCAUUUAUUAACCAAAGUCUUUCUAGAGAGCACGAAGUUAAACAGGGCAGAGCAAAUCCAAAGCCAUGUUUUCCAGAAUUAAGACUUUUGUUUGUCCUAAGUGUCACAUGUUCAAGUGUCAUGGUGCCAUACUUUCCCACUAGAGCACGUUGCUCUCAGACUGCUUUACUUGUGUUUCUUAGAAAUGUCCAAAGUGGAACAGGAGCAGAGCGUUCCUGUCUGUGGAACCUGCUCCCAGUCUCGGAGCUGAAAGUGAAACUGUGGGUUCAGGAUUCUUUGGAACUUCCCAUGAACUCAACAUUUCUCAUUUACGCUCCUCGUUUUGCUCCUGAUGUAAAUGAAUGUGGAACACAUGCAGUAAAAAUGUCAUUAACCUGUUCAGGGAUGUAAAGUCAU